GCGUUGCAUUGUGGGGUGGCGUUGCGCCGUAGGCUUCCGUCCGGGCGGCAGCGACUGGCUUUGGGGGGAACUUGGUGGCCUGCCGUCCGCGUCCGUGCUCUUUCCUGCGCCUCCGUCGUGUCGCCCGCAGGCCGCCGCCAGCAUGUCGGGCGUACGAGCCGUGCGCAUCAGCAUCGAGUCAGCCUGCGAAAAGCAGGUGCAGGAGGUGGGCCUUGAUGGCACCGAGACGUACCUGCAGCCGCUGUCUAUGUCGCAGAACCUGGCGCGCCUGGCGCAGCGCAUCGACUUCAGCCAGGGCUCGGGCUCCGAGGAAGAAGAAGCGGCGGGGCCCGACGGCGACGCGCAGGACUGGCCGGGCACCGGGGCCGAGCAGGACGACGAAGAAGGGUUAGUAAAAUUCCAACCUUCUCUGUGGCCUUGGGACUCAGUGAGGAACAACUUGCGAAGUGCCCUCACAGAGAUGUGUGUUCUCUAUGACGUCCUCAGUAUUGUCAGGGACAAGAAGUUCAUGACCCUGGACCCAGUCUCUCAGGAUGCGCUUCCUCCCAAACAGAGUCCUCAGACACUGCAGCUGAUCUCUAAGAAGAAGUCCCUUGCUGGAGCAGCUCAAAUCCUCCUGAAGGGAGCAGAGAGACUGACCAAGUCAGUGACGGAGAACCAGGAAAACAAGCUCCAGCGAGACUUCAACUCUGAGCUCCUGAGGCUGCGGCAGCACUGGAAACUGAGGAAGGUUGGCGAUAAGAUCCUGGGUGACCUGAGCUACAGAAGCGCAGGCUCUCUCUUUCCCCAUCAUGGCACCUUUGAAGUGAUAAAGAAUACAGACAUUGACUUGGAUAAAAAGAUACCAGAAGAUUACUGCCCCCUGGAUGUCCAGAUUCCUAGUGACUUAGAGGGGUCUGCAUACAUCAAGGUUUCUAUUCAGAAACAGGCUCCAGACAUUGGUGAUCUUGGCACAGUUAACCUUUUUAAGAGACCUUUGCCCAAAUCCAAGCCAGGUUCCCCACACUGGCAGACAAAAUUAGAAGCAGCACAAAAUGUUCUUCUCUGUAAAGAAAUUUUUGCACAGCUUUCUCGGGAAGCCGUUCAGAUUAAGUCUCAGAUCCCUCACAUUGUGGUGAAAAACCAGAUCAUCUCUCAGCCCUUUCCAAGCUUGCAGUUGUCCAUUUCCCUCUGCCACUCCUCAGAUGAUAAGAAGUCCCAGAAAUGUGCCACAGAGAAGCCGGGUCCAGAGGAUCACCUAUAUGUCCUGGAACACAACUUGCACCUGCUGAUCAGAGAGUUUCAUAAGCAGACCUUGAGUUCCAUUGUGAUGCCUCACCCGGCGAGUGCUCCCUUUGGCCACAAGAGAAUGAGACUUUCAGGUCCUCAAGCUUUUGAUAAAAAUGAAAUUAAUUCAAUACAGUCAACAGAAGGACUCCUAGAAAAAAUAAUUAAACAAGCAAAGCAUAUUUUUCUACGGAGCAGAACUGCUGCAACCAUUGAUAGCUUGGCGAGUCGCAUUGAAGACCCCCAGAUCCAGGCCCACUGGUCAAACAUCAGCGAUGUUUAUGAGUCUAGUGUAAAAGUUUUAAUCACAUCUCAAGGUUAUGAACAAAUAUGCAAGUCCAUCCAGCUGCAGUUGAACAUUGGUGUUGAGCAGGUGCGUGUUGUACACAGAGAUGGGCGGGUGAUCACGCUGUCUCAUCAGGAGCAGGAGCUGCAGGAUUUCCUUCUGUCCCAGAUGUCGCAGCACCAGGUGCACGCAGUUCAGCAGCUUGCCAAGGUUAUGGGCUGGCAGGUCCUCAGCUUCAGUAAUCACGUGGGACUCGGGCCCAUAGAGAGCAUUGGCAAUGCCUCCGCCAUCACAGUGGCCUCCCCAAGUGGUGACUAUGCUAUUUCAGUUCGUAAUGGACCUGAGAGUGGCAGCAAGGUUAUGGUUCAGUUUCCCCGUAACCAGUGCAAAGACCUUCCGAAAAGUGAUGUUUUACAAGACAGCAAGUGGAGUCAUCUCCGAGGACCAUUCAAGGAGGUUCAGUGGAACAAGAUGGAGGGCCGUAACUUUGUUUACAAAAUGGAGCUGCUUAUGUCUGCCCUGAGCCCUUGUCUGCUGUGAUUUUAUCCAGAACAUUGACUUGCAUUUUUGCAGAUGAGUCACAAGCAUGGGAGAGAUUCCUUCCAUAUAAGUCCUGAGUGCCGGCUCAUGUGCACUGCUGCUCUGCCCCUUCACAGGAGCCCUGCUUACAGUUAAGUGUUCGCCUAGCAGCUCGAAUUCUCUCACUUUAUAAGUGACAAGAGCUUUGGAAUGAAAAAAUUAUGUACAGUUGUAGUAUGCAGUAUGAGAUGUAAAAUAGUACAUUUUUUAUACAGCUAACAUGAAAACAUUACUAACUUAAGGGCUUGACUUUUUUAAAAUAAAUAAAAAUCCAUCUUUG